GCGCGUUUGCGUCUCCGCCCCUUCUGUCCUGCUCCGCGCUCCCGUUCACAGAGAAGGAGAUGAGAAUGAGAUGAGAAGAGUCAUGGAGGAGCUGAGCGCCGUGGGAGAGCAGGUCUUUGAUGCCGAGUGUAUCCUCAACAAACGCCUGAAGAAGGGCAAGCUGGAGUAUCUGGUCAAGUGGAGAGGAUGGUCGUCCAAGCACAACAGCUGGGAACCUCAGGAAAACCUUCUUGACCCAAGACUAUUGGCUGCGUUUAACAAGAGGGAGCAGGAGCGGGAACUCUUGAUCAGCAAAAAGGGGAAACGGCCUCGUGGACGACCCAGAAAAAUAUUGGAAGCCAUUCCAGUGGUGUCCAAAUCAAGCAGCUCGUCCUCCUCAUCCUCAUCUUCUGGUUCUUCAUCAUCUUCCUCGUCUUCUUCCUCUUCUUCAGAUGAUGACGAUGAUGAAGACGACAAUGACAGAAAUCCAAAACCGAGCCCUCGUCCACGAGAGCACCACCCCGUCCCUCAGAAGAAAGCCCAGAUCGUGGUGGCCAAGCCAGAACCACCGAAGAAGAAGCGAGGGAGAAAAUCGCUUCCUCCAGAGCUAAAGGCACAGCGUCAGGCCAAAGGUCCUCGGAAGUUUCUCAAGCCCAUUUCCAGAGACUCUGAGCUCCGAGGGAGCAUAAAGAAACCGCUCAUGCCUGCAAGCUUCACCUACACCGGGUUGAACCGAAACUCUGGAAGGGAGCCGAUGGCACUGCAAAAUAGAGGUUCUUUUACCCAGAAGAGCUCCUUAAGUUCCCUUGUACGCUCAGUCGGAUCGACCUCAUCGCGCCUACUGCAUUAAGUCGGGCCGCCGCAAUCCAAAACCGCUUCGGAUUUCAAGCUCUCGGUCUCAGAUAUGAGCAGCGGAGUCGUCGAUCCCAAUACGCCCACGUGCAAAUCUCCAGGAGUUGCUGCGUUGAAUAUUCACAGCAGCAAUGGACAGACGUGUCCACAACUCUCUCCAAAUGUCCUGAAGGCCUCGGAUCAGACUCUACUUCAAAGAUCAGGAUCUCUCCAAAAAUCCCCAUCAAGCUCAUUUUCCUCUCUUAAAACUCCCACCAGCCUUCAAGCUCUCAACCUACAGAGCAUCAACAAAACGGCACUGGGUAAUGGGACCUCCGCGAAUGACGGUUCCUACUUGAAGGGUGCCUACAACCCUGAUAAAAAAAGCUCUGGGUUUAACCCAAGACGCGAGCAUAGUCCCGCACAGAAUGCCCCAAGUAAGUUCCCAACUAAUCAACAAGUCUUAAAGAGUCCGCAACGGGAUAAAUCCAAAGCGGCCUAUUUGUCCGAAAGACUCGGGAAGAAGAAUCAAGGUAGAGUGGACAAUAUUGUGGUUCCGACAUCCGAGGGCCGAGAUCAACCAGUUCUAGAUAGAUCCUCAUACAAAGAUGCCGGGAAACCAAGCAAGAUCCUGAGUGAGUUGAGCACUGGUGAAGAGGGGAGCAGCUCAGAUUCGGACCAUGAUUCCACAUUUCGAAGCGACAACCAUGACUUGGCCAUCUCGGUGCAGGCGGGCCAGGACUGGAAGCCGACACGGAGCCUGAUCGAACACGUAUUUGUCACCGACGUCACUGCAAACCUGGUCACUGUAACGGUAAAAGAGUCGCCCACCAGCGUUGGGUUUUUUAGUAUCCGCAAUUAUUGAAUGUCGACAACUGGAAAUGCAGCCACU